AUGGACGAGGAGCUCGAGGCGUUUCGGAUCGCUUGGUGCCGCGAUGUGGCCGAGCGUGCACAUGGAAGAGCGCCAAAUGCAGCUCAUUCGCACAUGCAAGCGCCAUCAAGCGAUGCUAUGCUGAAAGCCGCAGCUCCAGCGGUACUGCCCGAGGCUUGGGCCGAUCAGGAACGUGACGCACUUAGCAUGCUCCUACGGACGCUUUCGUCCAAGCAUGUUGAGCGUGUGCAUGAAAUGAUGUCGCAAAAUACCGAGGAUCAUACCGUAUGGCCUGAGCAUGUCGGGACAUGUAUAUCGACAAUAUAUGCGGCUGAUUUGGAAGUGAGUGCCGUGCCGAUGGUACAGCAUAUGCCAGACGAGUUGUGGUACAGAAUAUUACUGCAUGUGCUCAUGCCAACACCUCUUGAACCUAUUUGGCCUACUAUGCUGCCUGACAAUAUGUCGUUUCAGCUGCCAUUAGAGUCUUGGCGGCGCGAGACUGGCCCAGAUUAUGUGUCAUUAGAGCGCGUCGCACGCACCUGCUGGCGACUUCGCCAACUCACUUCCCAUCCGCGUCUGUGGCGCGCCAUCGUGCAAGGAACAUAUGCACCGCCGUUUGCUCCUCUUUCAUGCAGCUGGCGCGAUGCAUAUGUGCAUGAGCCACGCGUUCGAAUGAACGGAACGUACAUUGCAACGUGUGAGUAUACGCAGCAGGGCAUGUCGGAAGAGAACGUGUGGGUGCGUGUAUUGCAUGUCGUGCGCUUUUUUCGGUACUUGCGCUUCUUUCCUAAUGGCCGAUGCCUGAGCUGGCUCACGACCGACGAACCUGCCGACGUUGUGCAUCGACUCGAACCGGGCAUUCGGUCAAAAGGAUGUGCCGCCGGGCAUUGGCGAUGCCUCAGCGAGGCUGGAGAAACACUCUCACGACGAGGCGCCACGAUUUUGAUAGAAGACCUGCAUGAUCCAACACUGCCGGGCUACACGUUUCAAAUGACCUUGCACAUGCGCUCGUCCCCUGGUCGGUGGCACCGCAUGGACAUGCUCGAAUACGCAUCGCUGAACCUGCAGACGGGCGAGGUGCUGCCGAUUCCACACAAGCAUGCGCGUCCCUUCCUCUUUUCCCGUGUGCUCAGCUAUGGUGUAUAG